GCGGGGGGCUUUGGCGGCAGCAGACAUGUCCUUGGCCAGUGAUUUCUACCUGCGCUACUACGUCGGGCACAAGGGCAAGUUUGGGCACGAGUUUCUGGAGUUCGAGUUUCGGCCGGACGGAAAGCUUAGAUAUGCCAACAACAGCAAUUAUAAAAACGAUGUGAUGAUCAGAAAAGAGGCCUAUGUUCACAAGAGUGUAAUGGAAGAACUGAAGAGAAUUAUUGACGACAGUGAAAUUACAAAAGAGGACGAUGCUUUGUGGCCACCUCCAGACAGGGUUGGCAGGCAGGAACUUGAAAUUGUAAUUGGGGAUGAACACAUUUCUUUUACCACAUCAAAAAUAGGUUCUCUUAUUGAUGUAAAUCAAUCAAAGGAUCCCGAAGGCCUCCGUGUAUUUUACUAUUUGGUGCAGGACUUGAAAUGUUUAGUGUUCAGUCUCAUUGGACUACAUUUCAAGAUAAAGCCAAUUUGAAUCGAAUACUUUGGAGGUUAUUUAUAUAUUUAAAGGAAGGUUUUUUUUUAUUGACAAUUUUGGGAUUUUUAUGAAUGUGAAACUUUUGUAUAUAAACUCAAUAUGUGGGGAAAAAAAAAACCAGGUUUAAUGGUUUGGUUCUCUUGGGUCCAUGUGGACUAGACAGUCCCUAUAUGCAAUUGAUUCUGUAAAUAAAAGCCACUUUUUUGUUGAAAUUUUGCUCUAAUAAAAUGUACCAAAGCCUG